AUGCGUCUCAACCCAGAGAAGUGUGUCUUUGGGGUGCCGGCGGAGAAAUUUCUAGGUUUCAUGCUGACCGCCCGAGGCAUAGAGGCGAAUCCAGACAAGUGCACUGCUAUCGUGGAGAUGAGGAGCCCUAAAAACCUGAAGGAGGUUCAAUGGUUAAUGGGGCGGCUGACUUCUCUGGCACGUUUUCUGCCCAGGCUGACGGAGAAGGUUAGGCCGAUCCUGAAGAUCAUGAAGAGGCAGACCGCAGAGAAGUGGGAUGACCAGUGCGAGGCGGCAUUUCAACAAAUAAAGGAGAUGAUCACCAGUCCACCAAUCAUGAGCCGACCGGUAGAAGGGUUGCCCCUGCAGUUAUACCUGUCGGUAUCUAACGACACGAUCAGCGCAGCAUUGAUACAAGAAGCCCCGGAGCAGCGGCCUGUUUAUUUCAUCAGCCGAGUUCUACAGAACGCAGAAACGAGGUAUCAGUUGAUAGAGAAGAUAGCCUUGGCGUUAUUAACGGCCUCACGUCGGUUGCGCCAGUACUUCCAGAGUCACCAGGUGGUCGUCCGAACCGAUCACCCUAUAGCCAAGAUACUCCGGAAGCCCGACUUGGCCGGUCGAAUGAUCGCAUGGUCAGUUGAGUUAUCCGAGUUCGGUCUCAAGUACGAACCUAGAGGAUCUAUCAAAGGGCAGCAUUUGGCCGACUUUGCAGCCGAACUCCAUGGACCGAUCUCUUCGUCCGAGCAAACAUGGAUUCUGUUCGUCGACGGGUCGUCGGACAAACGAAGUGCCGGAGCGGGAAUCGUCAUUGAAGGACCGAACGGCUUCACAGUGGAGCACUCCUUGCAGUUCCAGUUUAAAGCCUCAAAUAACCAGGCGGAGUAUGAAGCGCUGAUCGCCAGGUUAAGGCUAGCGAAAGACCUGGGUGCAACAAAGUUGAGAUGUAACACCGACUCUAAGCUUGUGGUCGGACAAGUGCAAGGAGAAUAUCAGGUUAAGGACGACUUAUUACUCCAGUACUAUCACAAGACUGUUGAAGCCAUGAAGGAAUUCGAGGAGGUGACCGUCCAUCACAUACCCCGAGCGGAGAACGCCCGAGCCAACAGGCUAUCGAAGUUAGCGGAAGGAAAAGAGAAGGGGCAAUUAAAGACAAUUAUCAGGCAAACCCUGAUGAGACCUUCAGCAGGAGAAUGCGCCGUAGCAGGUCGAUCGGUUGAUUGGACCAGCGAGGUGCGAGAACUCUUAAAGAAGUGCGAGGCUGGAGAAGAGGUCAGGCCGACGGAGAGGAGACGAGCGCUCCGGUUUGUGAUCAUCGGAGAAGAUCUAUACAAGAGAGGCUUCACAACGCCACUCUUGAAGUGCCUAUCAGCAGACGAAGCGGAAUACGUCAUGAACGAGGUCCACAAUGGCAUCUGCGGGAUGCAUACCGGUCGGAGAACGAUGAAAGCAAGGAUACUCCGAGCGGGAUAUUUUUGGCCGACCAUGGAAGAAGAUUGCGAAGCCAUGAUACGCAAGUGCGCAGGAUGUCAAGCCCACGGAAAUGAUAUGAAGAGGGCUCCGACCGAGCUACACAGUUUGACAGCCCCGUGGCCGUUCGCUCAAUGGGGCAUGGACAUCGUCGGACCUUUCCCAAUCGGUCGAGCGCAGAAGAAAUUCAUACUCGUAGCAGUCGACUACUUCACUAAAUGGGUCGAAGCGGAGGCUUUGGCUAAUAUCACCGCUAGGCAGGUUCACUCCUUCGUCUGGCGCAACAUUAUAUGUCGCUUCGGCCUUCCCCACACGAUCAUCACUGACAACGGUCGUCAGUUCAUUGACAAAAAGCUGAAGGACUUCUAUAAGCAGGUAGGGAUAAGACAUGUUACCAGCUCGGUCGAGCAUCCCCAAACCAAUGGUCAAGCUGAAGCCAUGAACAAAGUUAUAGUGGCUGAGUUAAAAAAAAGAUUGGGAGAGGCCAAGGGAGCAUGGGUUGACGAGCUGCCACAAGUCCUUUGA